AUGACUGAGGGGCUCGGUAUGCUGGCCAAGUCCGUGGAAAGGUCCCAUAAUUUACAGGGACCGAUCCGUAAGGACUUUUGGCUGGCGUAUACCGAGCUCACUGCGGGUCUCGCCACCAUCCUCUCCAGACAGGAGGAGGGGGUGGAGGCUAGAGAGCGCAGGGAGAAUAGCGCGGCCCUGGACAAGGUCAGAGCCCGCUGGGCCUCCGAAAAGGAGAAAAUGGAGGCCGAGCUGGGCCGGCUGCGAAUUAGGGUCGCGCUAUUGGAAGAGAAGGCCUCCACUCGCGGGGGCGCCAAUACCGACGCCGAGAUCCAGACGGAUCUGGACCUCGACUUAGAGGUGAUCGACGCGCUGACGGGGGAUGCCCCCGACCUACCGCGCCCGACCUUCUCGGACGCGACGUUGGGGGGGACCCCCGCUGGUGCGUCUAGUGAUGCUGCCACCACCCGGCCAGAGAGGCCGGCGGUGGUCAGCAUCCAAAAACUACGGGAGUCGUACUUCCGUCCGCCGCUCAGGGGGGCUGGGGGGGAGAGAGGGGGGAAGAAGGAGAAGAAGAGGGCGAAAGCCCUGACUGAGGACGGCCUUAGGGAGGCCCUUUCCAGAGUCCUCCCGGCCGUCCUCACCGAGAUGGGGCUUCUCCCCGCCCUCAGGGUGGUGGAGAGGCCCAGGAUACCACCGGCUGCGGGCAAGACUACCAAGCAGCCCGUGGCUGCCCCUCAGAAAAGGGCGGGCAACGCAGUCGUAGCGGCUGCGAAGCCCGCUCAGACACAGGAAGAGACCACCCCGUCCAUAUUGCAGUUAUGGACGGAGGUGGCCUCAAAAAAGAAGAGGAAGGGGACCGCCAAAGCCGCCAAUCUCGAGGCGGCUAAGACGGCCCCCACAAAGGGUAGGCCCCUAAGGGUCCUCCCGGCCCCCUCCUCAAGAAACCCCCCUCCCCAAUACUCCUCGACGUCGUCGAGGAGGAAGAAGAAGAGGGUCGGGAAAGGGGGGGGACGGAGUAUCCCCGGAAACGCUUCGGGGGAAAAAAAUGAUGCUGGGCCGGCAAGGGCCACCAAAAUUAGGCCGCCGACCACGGCGGCUGUUACGGUGACCUGCGCCGACCCAGCAGCCUACGCGCAGGUCCUCAAGACUGCGAGGGAGAGAGUCAAUCUCACCUCCCUCGGGAUUGAGGACCUGCGCCCGAGACGAGCCGUAACGGGGGCCCUGAUCCUAGAGGUCAAGGGCGCCGACAACGCCACUAAGGCCGACGCCCUGGCCGAAGGGAUCAGGGAAGCCCUCGGUGAUAGGGAAGAUGUCAGGGCCUGUACGGCCAAGGCGGGCUGCCCCGUGUGCAAAGACGCGGGCAGGCCCGCCGAACACCGGAUCGGCGCAAAGGGGUGCCUGGCUAACAAGCCUCAAAAAGCACCCCUGAGUGCCGGGGGCCAAAACGAGGCGGGGCCAUUAAUACCCCCGACCCCGACUCCGGCCCCCGCAGCGGUCGAGAUGGAAGCUCCUCUCCCACAAAGGGAGAGGAGCGUAAGAAAUUGCGAGGGUGCGGCGGUAGACCGCACUGACGAGAUGGAGGUGGAGGAGCCUCAAGGGUGCCCUAACAAUGCCCCUUAG